CAUUAAUGCUCUCUAUCUCUCUCCACGUCCAUUAAUGCUCUCUAUCUCUCUCCACCCGUCUCAUUCUCAUGAAAAAGACCCAGUUUCUCACUCUUCUAAUCACUCCUUAAAUACCCAUCCACACUCCCACAAAAAUCGCAAGCUCAAACUUGUGUCCGAAUUCUGAAGAACUUCAAGUGCUGAGAAGAAACAACGGGGAAAAAAUGGAUCAUCCACUAUUCAGCGAGUCGUCUUUCUCGGCGGCGAACCCAUCCGCCUAUAGCUUGGCGGAGAUUUGGUCGGGGCCCCGAAUGGGGAACAUGGGCCAGAACCCGGGUGGGUUCGGAGAGAGCUCCGCGAAUCGAGACGGGUCGAUGGAGGAAUCGACGGUCACCGAGCAGAGCGGUGGCGGCGGCGGAAGGAAGAGAAGAGAUGUCAGCUCCGAGGACGAGUCCUCCAAGUUGGUCUCAACUAGUAGUGCCAAUGAUUUGAAUAAUACAAAUGGUAAAAGAACAAAAUUGGUAGGAUCAAAAUAUGAAAAUGGCGGUCCGAAAGCUGAAGCGGAAGCUAGUUCAGUGGGCGGUGACAAGCCAGCUGAAAAAGAAAUGAAACCUUCCGAGCCGCCUAAACAAGAUUAUAUUCACGUCAGAGCGAGACGGGGCCAAGCCACCGAUAGUCACAGUCUGGCUGAGAGAGCAAGAAGAGAAAAAAUUAGUGAGAGGAUGAAACUUCUACAAGAUUUGGUUCCUGGAUGUAACAAGGUUAUUGGCAAAGCACUUGUCCUUGAUGAGAUAAUUAAUUACAUCCAAUCGCUGCAGCACCAAGUUGAGUUCUUGUCAAUGAAGCUUGAAGCGGUAAAUUCAAGAAUGAAUUUGAAUCCGACCAUUGAAGGCUUUCCAUCAAAAGAUGCAUUUGAUGCUACAGGACUGUUAUUUGGCUCACAAGCACCCCGGGAUUUCGUUCAAGGCUCGCAUCAGGAAUGGCUGCACAUGCAGGUUGGUGAUAGUAUCGAAAGACCAACAUAGUUCGGGGUACCAUUCUUGAUUUCGUCUUCCUUAAAUUUGUAGGAACUUGUUCUUUAAUGAUUCUCUGUAUCAUCUAAUGCUGAAAUGUGUUUUUUAUUUCUCAAUGUAUCACCAUUCUUAUGAUUUUAAUACAAUAGAAAGUAGAGUUCAUCUAAUCUCUAUGCGUGUAUCAUCUGACUGGAUACUCUGUACUCGUUGUAUUUGUACCUAUAUAAAAAUCUGUUCAAACUUUCAAACUGUGCUAACGAGAGGAGGAUUGUGCUGUCUAUUGUUUCUCCCUUCUUCAUUAUGUUUUACUUUUCAUAUAUACACAUAUCUAUACAACAUAUAUCUAUAGCUGUUUUUGGCUUUCUAAGUCCAAAAGUUGCUUCUAGAAGUAUUUGGAUGAUCUGUCAGAAGUACUUUGACUUUUCAGAAGAGUUUUCAGUCAAAAUCAGAAAUUGUG